CUUUAACUUGAGAACACACCGAGUCGCUAAAAUGAACGGCAGAAAGGUCACCGUCACCUAUUGCGACGAGUUUGAUGUUUGGCCACUUGUAGCAAACGACCUUUCAUCACGGCUCCCCUUAAGGAAUCUACAAUGGCAUCCAUCCAGCCAACGUUCUGAACGAUUCAUUCCAUCCCUCGAAGUCGACUUGCAGCGGUUCAACUUUGACCAGGUUCCACUACCAUUGCUCGCUGCACAUACGACGUACCUGAACCUCUAUUUUGUCAACUGCGAUGAUAACGACGCGUAUAAGAACAAGGUCAAAAAACAGAUCAAGACGUGGGUGGAUUUAAUCGGAACCAAAAAGAACCAAGAAUGGUUAAUUGUCUAUGUUGCUGGCCAAGACACGAAGCGCAGUAACAACUAUCUCGGCUUGAAAACUACGGUCUUUGAUAAGAUCCGUGCAGACUUUAGUCAAGGAAAACGUGAUAGGUGCGCAUAUAUUCGUAUCGUAGACCCGGAUGGACCAUCGUCUGAACUUUGGGGCGGAUUUAUUGAAAAGAUGAAGGAAAGCAUACUGGCGAGUUUCGAUAUGCAGGUGUUACAAAUUCAGGAGGAUGCUCGACGAUUGGAUUUGCAGCGCAAUAUGCCUGGAUGGAACUACUGCACUUUUUUCAUACUUAAAGAAGGACUUGCACAAGCUUUUGAAAUCAUGUCGUUAUAUGAGGAUGCUCUAAUUCAGUAUGACGAACUUGAGGCAUCAUUUUUCCAGGUGUUGAGAGAUAAGGCACUUGCUUGGUUUGGGCAUUUUGGUGCAACGGAUCCAGGAGAUGAUUGUGGCAAUAUUAUGGAUUUUAAACGAAAGGAUUAUCGCGAGCUGAUCAACAAAAACGUUAUCUCAGUCUUCGAUUUCCGCUGCUACUUGUUCGCACGACAAACGCGAAUGCUAUUAAAGCUACAAAGAACCAUAGAAAUCUGCAAGCGUGGUCAACUAUUUAUCAGCAGUUUCAUACCAGCGAUCCGAGAAAAUGAGGAUGUUCUGGUGGAUAAUUUUGUGGAAUCCUGGGUAUUUUCUGCAUGCAUGAAUAUCGUGAACGAAUGUGAGCCUUUAUCGACGAAUCUUUCAGCAGCUGAUCCAAACUUUAUUGCGCUCUACAGUGCAGUGAAGGCGGACUUAUUGCUGACUGCAAGAAGACAGUUGGAUAAGCUGGGUAUCAAGCAUAAACACCUUCCUGUUACCGAGCCCUUUUCUAUCUUUUUGGAUACUAAGCUCAACGACGACACCGCAAAAUCGCCACCAGCAAAACCCAAAGGACCUAUGACCAAUGAGAAGCUUCUCGAAGCUAUCAACUCUGUAGAAGCUUUUGACAAAAUGUACAUGGCUUUGAGCACACGUGCCAUCAAAAGCUACGACGCUUGCCAUCGGCCAAAAGCUGCACUCACUGUUCAUGGAGACAUUGCCGCACUCAAGUAUACUCGUGACAAGCUUGACGAAGCAGUACGGAUCUAUGAAUCAAUGAUUUGGCGAUAUGACGAGCAAGAGUGGGGCUCUAUCGAGAACAGCCUGCUUAUAAAGUGUGCCGAUUCACAGCAGCGUCUGGGAAAAACUGAUCAAUAUAUUGAAUCGCUGCUAACCUUACUAAAGAAUGCAAAAUGGCUGUCCAAGGAUGAAGCCACUCGGUAUAUGGAAGACCUCCUCUCUAAUGUUCACAAGCUUGAUUCUGAUAUACGACGAGCAUUUUCUCCGAUGUUUGGAAUAACCGUCGUGUCUAUCAUUGAUGAACAAUCCACGGUUGAAAGCAGCAGCGUCGAGAUCUGUAUAGAGAACCAUUUGCCUAAGAGCCUCCAUUGUGAUAAUCUCUGUCUGCGUCUUGUAGGCAAUGACCCAGAGCAGGUGUGGUUCGACACUAAAGACCUGGACUUGGCACCAGGAAAGAACAAAAUAUAUCUUACAAGCAAGACGUCAACCUCCGGAAAUUAUGUUGUCGAAGCAUGUGAAAUGCAUGUUGGCAAGCUGGUAUUUAUGCACAAUUUCAUGAAAGACGGACAAAAGAAGCGUAUUUUACGCCUCAACCAUGACAUGAACCGUCUCCAAGCAACAGUGUGCCAACCAGAUCAGAUAUGCCUUGGUGAGCGCCAGCAGUUGGCUGUGCGGAUCAGCACUGGAAAGAAACAUAUUACAGGCGGAAAAGUGUUGCUGGAGCCACAAAUGGAAGGUUUUGCUUUACUAAAAACUGAGAAAGUGUCUGCGACACUUCGAGGCUGUGAAGAUGAAGAAGAUGCCCCCAGAACUUUGGAACUCGAUAUGCUGGAAAGCGGUGAGAUUGUUCUUCCUGAGUGCGAACCGAAUCAAACGCUAGGACUUCUUGUCGAAUAUGAAGGUUCAUACACUGAAUUCGAAUACAGGAUAAAAACGACCAUCACAUAUGAGAGCGAAGGCAAUACUCGAGAGUUUGUAUCCGCACACUCGAUCCAUGUCACAGUCCCACUCGUUGUUACGGAGACCAGCAUUUUCCGAGAAACAUGCGUAUUUCUUAAAGUUGACGUAUCAUGUAAUGGUGACCAUCCUGUUCGGAUAUUAGAGUCCAAGCUUUUCCCAUCCAAGUCAUACGUGGUGGAGAGCAGUUCUGCUGUUGAGCAGUGGGAUUUGACUUUGUUCCCCAAGCAGGUGGCUACAUUUGUGUAUAAGCUAGUGAAACGAGAUGAUGUGGAUCAUGAUCUCAAACCAAAGGUACGAUUUUACGCCAAGUAUCACACACUGAAAGACGAGGUGGAAGCAAGUAUUGGCGCUAUGCUUGAAAGGAAGUUGCAAAAGCAUCAUGCUAGUCAGCACUUUACAUACGUUUUCUCUAAAGUCAAGGAAGCCUUCCUGUCAUCGAUUGACUAUGUCAGUUAUGGCUUGACCGAUGUGGUUCAUCUGGAGGAUUUUGAUGCCGAGCUGUGCGAAUCAUUUUUACUGAACCGCGACUUGAAAACUAAAGUUGAGUUACUAGAUCUUAUUGAAGAGUUUUUUGAGGAGCAUGAAGCUAUCACUGUACGUACGAUUAAAGAUAAUUCACCUAAGCCUCGUACAAAUGCCAUUAUUUUCCCUCUUGAGGUGCCAAUUUCCAAGGUUCUGCAUACUGCGGAGCUGGUACUCACGAAUCCCGCAAAGGAAUUGCUUGUCUCGGAACGGUGUCCUUGUACUUUACGUAUAAAGCAGUCGGCUGACUGGUCCACUGCAGAGAUGAACGGCGCUGGCCCAUCCCACAAUGAAUUUUACUAUGACAUAGACGUAGACUACGACAACUGGCUGCUCUCAGGGAAACGUCGCUUACGGUUCACAUCAAAGCCUGGACACGUUUUCGAGUUCCCAGUGGAUCUGGUUCCUCUCAAGACUGGUAACCUGCUACUACCUUGCGUCCGUGUUUCCGCGAAUUCUGCCAACAUAUCUGCUGCUACAUUUUACGUAAAUAGUGCUCAACAGAUCCUUGUCCGAGCCAAAUCCAAGACUGCCACAUUCUUUGUGGAACAACAGCAACGAUUCCUGCAACCUCAAAACACCACAGCGUAUGCACCAGAUAUCUCCACCCCAUCAUAAAUUCCUAUCCUUGUAUUAUUUACACCGCAAGAUUAACCAUAAGUUUAUAUAAAUAUAAUUGAGCGAACGGU